GUUGUUUUCUCACAGAUGCUUUCUGACGGGGGCAAAUGUGGGAGGGUUUCUCAGGGCAGUUCUUCCAAUAGCCCCCCUGGGCCUCCUCUUUCUCCCGCUCCUCCUUUAUCCUCGUCUCCUGCCCUCUUUUAUCCGAGAGUCUGCGGCCCCACGCUCUCACAGAGACUCCGACCUCUCAGCAGCAUCAAGGCCACCAUGCGUGCUGCUCUGUGCUGCUGUGUCUUCCUCCUCUGCCUCGUCUUCCUCACCGAGGCCAAGCGGACGCCUGGCCAGGACAAACGGGACAAACCUCGCCAGCCCCAGCCGUCGCCGCCUCCGGCCCGGCGGGCCAGAAACCGAUCGGUGCUCAGCUCCGGAGAGCUGAGCACCAAGCAGGGCCAUCGCUGCACAUGGCAAACAUCUGGUGAAGGUCUGGUGAGCCUGCUGGUGAACUGCUCCACAGAAACCGAAGGAGACGCAGAGAGGUACUGGUGUCGUUAUGCUGGUAAACCCGACCUCUGCCAGGCCUACAGCGUAAAGUCCAGCCAGUACUGGAAGCAGCUGGUGGGAAAGCUGAAGAAACGGGAGAACGCCUGCGAAGGAGAGAAAGUGUUAAAGGCCAAAACCUGCAAAAAGGCGUCUGGCGAGGCCCACAUGAAGCUGGCGCAGCGCAGCGGGGACGAGGACAAGAACGCAGCGAAGGAGGGAGGCAAGAAGAAAGCAGAGGCUGGAGCGAAGAGCUCCGAUGGAGGGAAGGUGGAGAAGAGGAAGAAGGUGAAGGAGGAUGAGGAGGAGAAGAGGAAGCGGGAGGAGAGGACUGAGUUUGAUGACGAAGGAAUGGUGAACGACAUGGAGCCGGUGCAGACGUACUGCAGCGACGGCUGGCACUCCGUCUGCUCCUUCUUUGUCAAGUUUUUUGAGGGCUGAUUAGAGAAAUUAGAUUUUUUUAUUGAUUAUAGUGUGAAUUAAAUCUGAAAGUUGUGUUUUUAACUUUUGGGGAGCAAAUCAUUUCUGCUCUCUGAAGGUGAGAGGAAAACCAAUUUAAUUUACGGCUGAUGGAGAACUUUUGGUAAUUCUGUAUAUUUUUUAAGGAUUAAUUGUAGAUUUAAUACAUUAAACAUAACUACUCUGUAAAGCAUGUUAGUUUGAAUCUGCAGUGUUUUUAUUGUUUUAGAUUCCUGAUGUUUAGUUUUGUGAUGUUUUUAACCAAAUUCUGGAUUUUCCUAGACGACAUUAAAUAAUCACCAUAUUUUCAGUUCA